AGGAGUAAACAGGAAGAAAUAAGUCACUCUGACUUAGUGACUACCUUCCAAAGAGAGGCACAAGACCCAGUGCUGACACUCUACCUUCCCCCCAAACAGGAGAAAAGUCUGAACUUCUUUUUCUCCAUGCCAGGGUACGCAGAGUUUUACUUCAAUGUGGACCAUGGCUACCUGGAAGGACUGGUCCGAGGUUUUAAAGCUGGGACCUUGAGAAAUGCAGACUAUGUCAACUUAGCACAAUGUGAAACACUGGAAGACUUGAAGUUACAUCUACAAACUACAGAUUAUGGAAACUUCUUAGCCAAUGAAACUGGCCCUCUCACAGUUUCCACCAUUGAUGACAAAUUGAAAGAGAAACUACUCACAGAAUUUCAUUACUUUAGAAAUCAUGCUUUUGAGCCACUUGCCACAUUUUUAAACUUUAUCACGUACAGCUAUAUGAUUGACAAUGUGAUUCUCUUGAUAACUGGUACACUGCAUCAACGUCCAAUAGCUGAACUUGUUCCGAAGUGCCAUCCAUUGGGCAGUUUUGAGCAAAUGGAAGCAGUCAGCAUUGCACAAACACCUUCAGAGCUUUUCAAUGCUAUCCUGGUUGACACACCAUUGGCUGAUUUCUUUCAAGACUGCUUGUCUGAGAAUGACCUGGAUGAAAUGAACAUUGAAAUAAUGCGUAACAAACUGUACAAGUCUUAUCUGGAAGCUUUUUUUAAGUUCUGUGAAAAGCAAGGAGGUACAACAGCAGAAAUAAUGUGUCCUAUUCUUGAGUUUGAAGCAGACAGACGUGCCUUUAUCAUCACCAUUAAUUCAUUUGGCACUGAGCUGAGUAAAGAUGACAGAGAGAAACUAUAUCCAACCUGUGGAAAGUUGUAUCCAGAAGGCAUACACCUGCUGGCCAAUGCAGAUGACUAUGAGCAAGUGAAGUGUGUGGCAGAUUAUUAUGCAGAAUACAAGGCUUUGUUUGAAGGGGUAGGGAAUGGCACAGGAGAAAAGACAUUGGAAGAUGCAUUUUUUGAACAUGAGGUAAAACUGAAUGUGCUUGCCUUCAAUAACCAAUUCCAUUUUGGAGUAUUCUACGCUUAUAUAAAGCUGAAGGAACAAGAAAGCAGAAAUGUUGUAUGGAUUGCUGAAUGCAUUUCUCAAAGACACAGAACCAAAAUCAACAACUACAUUCCUAUUUUCUAAUUCAGAGAAUUUAUAAUUGCAGAGUGCA